GCCGUCCCGGGGCGGCUCUUAGGGCCGGGCCCGCGCUGGAGCCGUGGACACCCGUCGUCGCUGUCGCCGCCGCCACCUUGGCUUCUGCUGCCACCGCCGCUGCCGGUCGCCACCAUGAACCAGGAUCUUCGCAGGGAGCGGGAAGCCGCCAGCUUCAACCCGGAGCUGCUCACGCACGUCUUGGACGGCAGCCCCGAGAACACCCGGCGCCGCCGAGAGAUCGAGAACCUGAUUCUGAAUGACCCAGACUUCCAGCAUGAGGACUUGAACUUCCUCAGUCGCAGCCAGCGUUACGAGGUGGCUGUUAAGAAGAGCGCCAGCAUGGUGAAGAAGAUGAGGGAGUUUGGCAUCGCAGACCCUGAAGAAAUCGUGUGGUUUAAAAAAAUACAUUUGGUCAAUUUUGUGGAACCUGUGAGCCUCAAUUACUCCAUGUUUAUUCCCACCUUGCUGAAUCAGGGCACCACUGCUCAGCAAGAGAAAUGGCUGCUCUCCUGCAAAGGAUUGGAGAUAAUUGGCACCUACGCCCAGACGGAAAUGGGCCACGGAACUCAUCUCCGAGGGUUGGAAACCACAGCCACUUACGACCCUGAAACUCAGGAGUUCAUUCUCAACAGCCCUACCGUGACCUCCAUCAAGUGGUGGCCUGGUGGACUUGGAAAGACCUCAAAUCAUGCGAUAGUUCUUGCCCAGCUCAUCACAAAGGGCACGUGCUACGGAUUACAUGCCUUCAUCGUACCGAUUCGUGAAAUUGGGACCCAUAAGCCUUUGCCAGGUAUUACUGUUGGCGAUAUUGGCCCCAAAUUUGGCUAUGAUGAGAUGGAUAAUGGCUACCUGAAGAUGGACAAUUAUCGUAUUCCCAGAGAAAACAUGCUGAUGAAGUAUGCCCAGGUGAAGCCUGAUGGCACGUACGUGAAGCCCGUGAGUAACAAGCUGACCUACGGGACCAUGGUGUUUGUCAGGUCCUUCCUCGUAGGAGAAGCCGCUCGGUCUCUAUCCAAGGCUUGCACCAUCGCCAUCAGAUACAGCGCUGUGAGGCACCAGUCUGAGCUCAAGCCAGGUGAACCAGAACCACAGAUUUUGGAUUUUCAGACCCAGCAGUAUAAACUCUUCCCACUCCUGGCUACUGCCUACGCCUUCCAGUUUGUCGGCGCGUACAUGAAGGAGACCUACCAUCGGAUUAAUGAGGACAUUGGCCAAGGGGACCUGAGUGAACUGCCCGAGCUUCAUGCCCUUGCCGCCGGGAUGAAGGCUUUCACCUCCUGGACAACUAAUGCUGCCAUCGAAGCUUGUCGGAUGGCUUGUGGCGGGCAUGGCUAUUCUCACUGCAGCGGCCUUCCAAACAUUUAUGUCAAUUUUACUCCCACCUGCACCUUUGAGGGAGAGAACACUGUCAUGAUGCUGCAGACGGCUAGGUUCCUGAUGAAAAGUUAUGACCAGGUGCACUCAGGAAAGUUGAUGUGUGGCAUGGUGUCCUACUUGAAUGACCUGCCCAGUCAGCGCAUCCAGCCGCAGCAGGUCGCGGUCUGGCCGACUGUGGUGGACAUCGACAGCCCCGACAGCCUAACGGAAGCCUAUAAACUCCGCGCAGCCAGAUUAGUAGAAAUUGCUGCAAAAAACCUUCAAAAUGAAGUGAUUCACAGAGAAAGCAAGGAGGUAGCAUGGAAUCUAACUUCCAUUGACCUUGUUCGAGCAAGCGAGGCACAUUGCCACUAUGUGGUAGUUAAGCUCUUUUCAGAAAAACUCCUCAAAAUCCAAGAUAAGUCCAUCCACACUGUCUUGAAGAAUUUAUGUCUCUUGUACUGCCUGUAUGGAGUCAGUCAAAAGGCAGGGGACUUUCUGCAGGGAGGCAUCAUGACGGAGUCUCAAAUUACCCAAGUAAAUCAGCGCAUUAAGGAGCUGCUGACUGUGAUUCGCCCAGAUGCUGUUGCUUUGGUCGAUGCGUUUGACUUUCAGGAUGUGACACUCGGCUCUGUGCUCGGCCGUUAUGAUGGGAACGUGUAUGAAAACUUAUUUGAGUGGGCCAAGAAGUCCCCACUGAACAAAGCAGAGGUCCAUGAAUCUUACCACAAGUAUUUAAAGCCCCUGCAGUCCAAGCUCUGAAGGGUCAUGAUGAGAAGUUUCAUUUGCUCCAGAAAGCAGCUGUACUCCGCUCCCCUUAUACUCAUCACACAAAUCUGCUUGGAAUCUCUAUCAAAUUCAGAGAGCUAUAGAGCAAAUGAUAAAUUGAGCCCUUUCCUCUUUUUAUAAAUGAAGAAAAAAAAUGGACAAAUUUCAGAGAUUAAAUGAGAAAAACAGAUGUGUUUUAAGUGCAAUUAACACUGCAAGAGACGUAUCGAGCAUCAGAAGAAGCUUUAAGAAAUGCAGCAUGCCUUCCAUUUGUAGUGCUGCUGGUUCCAGUAGGCCAUGACUUUUGAUAACUAGUAGAAUUUAACUACUGAGUAGUUAAUUAUUUUCACCUCUUAAUUGCUAAUCACUGGAUAUGUAAGUGUUUUUAAGCAAAGGUAUUUUUUAAGCGGGGUACAUAGAACCCUUCCCAGCUUUUCUGUUAAACGUUCCUGUCAUGGGCCCUGGCUAAGAAGCAGGACUGAAGAAAAGGGAUAUGGGGAAAGAAAGUAAUCAAGACAUUUAGUGUGAGUGAGUUUGUGCCCGACACGUUGACGCGACGUGCCCAUUUGCCCCGCUUUGCCGACCUGGUAUUUCCACCUAACUAUUCACAGUAGCACCUUUCCAGCAUGAGGACUUCUUCGACUUCAGCACAGGCCUAGAAUAGGAUCACUGUCCCGCAUAAUUAGGAGUUACUCUUCCUUCCAUUCGAGGGAUCCCUAAAUCGUCUGUGCAGUAGCAUUGCAAUUCACUUUGUCCCAAACUUCUUAGGAAAGGGCAACAAGCAAAAUCAUCUCUGCAUCUGACUUCUAGCAACUGAUGGCACCUCUGGUCGUGUGGUGUUUCCUCUCCCACCCCUUUCUCUGUCCCGAAAGAGAUCCUAAGAAAGGAAAA